UUUACUCGGAAUGCUUUUUGUUUUGUUGAUGUUCGCUUUCUGUGGUGUUUUUGGCAUUAUGCAGGAGUUUGACUACAUUUAGGAUUCAUGCAUUUAAGUAAUAACCUAUUUUCUACGAUAGUGUUCCAUACGUAGCCGAUUCUGAUAAGAAUCGUCUAUUUUUAUUACUCCCAGUGUGUGAAAUCGAUCCUGAUGGCGAAUGACCGACUGCGAGCUUUGGAAGAGGUUGAGAGUCAAAUUGCAACGAUUCUGCAGUGCGCCGGCAACGUUGUGUUGGAGCUGUCUAAAGACAAGCACAAUGCCAGUUUCCUGGACAGACAGCUCAGCCAGUUUACUGGAUCCGUCAACAGAGUGGAGACUGAGCUCAGCUCACAAAUCAGAUACCUCACACAGGUUGCCACAGGCCAGCCCCACGAGGGCUCCACAUACUCGGCCAGGAAAGACUGUCAAAUGGCCUUGAACCGAGCAGAAUACACCAGGGUCAAACUGGGAGAGCUGGGACGCACCUGCGAAGUCAUGCUGGAUCCACAACCCUGAGAGAACACAAAUGGUCGGUCGGCACUCGGGCAGAGCGCAGUAUGGGGAUGUUUCCAUCGCUCGCUGUCACCAUGGUGUUUUAGGACCACCUGCCGAAGAGAGGUGGGGACUGAAAUACUUCAUUUUAGUUUUCUUUUUGUAUGAUAUCAGUCAUGUAUCUGGCAAUGUUCUGUAAUAAAGUUAGUGUUUCAUUCCAUUA